UAUUCAGUACUGGUGCUGGUUCCUCCUCUCGAGUGUUGGUUUGUAGAGUUGUGUUAAAGUUGUUUAACGGGUGCAAAAGUUUGACAAAUGAGUAGAAAAUUUUGUUUAUUUGCAAAUACGCUAAAAAAGUAAUAUUCAUUUAUUCACAAUUGAAUUUGAUAUGUGGUGACGGAGUACUAAAGUAUAUAUAAAAGUAUUGGUUCGAGUUAUAUGAUACGUGUUUAUUGAGUACUCAUUCUUAUUAAUCCAGAAAAAUGUUACCGCCGACUUACGUCGAAGGUUUUCACGACCUGGAAGCUGUGAAAACAAUGGAAUAUAGGCCACUUGGCAAAACCGGCUUAUUAGUUAGUAAAUUAUCACUUGGUGGUGGAAUAUUUGGUUGCCAUUAUGGAGAAUUCGAUGAAGAAGAAGCUAUUGAAGUAAUACGUCAAGGCAUCAAGCAGGGAAUUAAUUAUAUUGAUACUGCACCAUGGUAUGGCCAAGGCCGUUCUGAGACCAUCAUUGGAAAAGCUCUCAAAGACAUUCCUCGUCAAGCAUAUUAUAUCGCGACAAAAGUCGGAAGAUAUGAAUUAAAUUACGAAAAUAUGUUUGAUUUCUCGAAAGAGAAAACUAGAAACAGUUUCAAUAAAAGUUUAAAACUUCUCGAUUUAGAUUACGUGGAUGUCAUACAGGUUCACGACAUUGAAUUUGCACAAAGCUUGGACGUAAUAAUUACCCAAACUUUACCGGAAUUAUCGAGGAAAGUUGCGGAGGGUAAAGCGAAACACAUUGGUAUCACCGGAUAUCCGGUAUCGGUUUUAAAAAAAUGUAUCGAAAAAAGUAAUAUUAACAUAAGUGUAAUCCUAAGCUAUGCAAGAUACACGUUAAUAGACAAUACUUUGUGCGAAUACAUUCCAUUUUUUAAGAAGCACAACAUUGGCAUAAUUAAUGCUGCAGCACCAUGUAUGGGAUUAUUAACUAAUAAUGGUCCACCAUCUUGGCAUCCAAGUUCGGAUAAUACGAAAAAGAUAUGCGCAGAGGCUGGAAAUUAUUGCAAGGAGCAUGAUACUGAAUUAGCAAAAUUAGCAUUAUGGUACACUAUGCAAUGUGAAGACAUAGCCACUUACCUGGUUGGAAUUCAAAACUUAAAAGAAUUGAAGAUGAACCUUAAUGUACUUAAAAAUGGCAUUACAGAAAGGGAGGAAACUCUAUUACAAGAAGUUCAAGAAAAAUACAUUAGUAAAAUAACAGAACGACAUUGGGAGAAUAACGAGGUUCAAAUAUAUUGGAAAAAUGUAAGAAAGUAAGAAAAUAUAUUUUGUUACAUUCUUCUAUACAUAUGAUUCAUGCAACAUAAAGUUAUAUUUUGUUGUUAUAUUAAAUGUUGAAUUAUAUAAUAAACAUUUAUUACCACAUUA